CAUACAAUAUAUAGAGACGAGAUGAACAUCUUCACUAUUCAGGCUUUACGAUUCAAUUCCAUCAUAUAAAUUCUCAACAACAUUUUGAAGAUGGGAAUUCGUUUGCGAAAAAUUGUUAGUGCUAAGCAAAUUUUGCAACGAAUUCUCUUAUCACAGAGAAAUCGUGAUGUGCCUAAAGGUCACUUUGUUGUUUAUGUUGGAGAAACUCAAAAGAAGCGGUUCAUCGUUCCAAUAGUAUACUUGAAGCACACCUCGUUUCAGAAUUUGCUUAGUCAAGCAGAAGAAGAGUUUGGAUUUUGUCAUCAUACGGGCAGUCUAACGAUCCCUUGUAGUGAAGAACAAUUUAUUAAUGUUAUUUUUAGUUUAUAAAUGCAUUCGAAUAAUCAUUUAGGUACUAGGAAAUUGUUACUCUCAGACUAAUUAUACCUACAACAUGUUGGAUUCAGAAAUGAAAAAAGAAAUGAAAUAUAUGUAUGUAGCUUUUAAUGUCUCUGUAUUAACAUUAUAUGUUUUUAAUUUCCGAAUUAACAAGUUGUGAUGUUUAUGAAAGAUAACAUGUGAAAAUUGGUAGCAUGUUU